ACCCCCCACGUUCACGCUCAUCUCUCCAGUCCUCUGCGCACCGCGCCGAGCAGCCGCAGACGCGUCCCGAUCCUCCAGCGCAAACUUUCCCCCCUCGGGCAGCUCGAUGGCGAAUAAGCUGAAGCCUUUGCUGACAUGCAGCUGCGUGCUGCUCGCUGUGGUUUGCGCUGCGGCCCUUGUCUACCUCGGCAUCGCUACUUUUAUUGGAGCGGGACGCUGCAGGAGCAGCAGCUUCAAAAACGCGGCCGUCGCUGCCGACUCCGAGAUCUGCUCCGAGAUUGGGAAGAAGAUGCUGCAGAGGGGGGGUUCAGCAGUAGAUGGCGCCAUUGCAGCUCUCCUGUGCACAUCUGUGGUGAAUCCUCAGAGCAUGGGGAUAGGAGGAGGCUCUAUACUAGUCAUAAGAAAUAAAACAGGCGAUGUUAAAGUCUACAACUUCAGGGAGUGUGUCCCCAAGUCCAUCAAACCCAACUUGUUAAAGGAUUGUCCCACUACAUUCACUCUGUCCACAGGCAGCAAGUGGAUCGGUGUUCCCGGAGAGCUGCGGGGCUACGAGGCUGUUCAUAAACAGUAUGGGAAGCUACCCUGGUCCGAGCUUUUCCAGCCAACUAUUAAACUGGCCAGAGAGGGAUUUCCCAUACCACCUUACCUGGCUUACUUCAUGAGCAUCCCACUGGUGAAAAUAUAUGUGGAGAACUCCUCCCUGUGUGAAAUUUUUUGCAAAAAAGAUGGCACCGUCCUGGCAGAAGGGGACACGCUGAGAUUUUCUAAACUGGCAGAAACCCUGCAAACAGUGGCACAACUGGGGGCAGACGCCUUUUACAGCGGCAAGAUCGGACACGACUUGAUCCAGGAUGUAAAAGCUGCAGGUGGAACUUUAACAAUCGAAGACCUGAAGUCCUUUGAGGUGCAUGUGGACAGGCCAUGGGUGGUUUCUCUGGGAAACCUUCAGUUGCAUAUUCCUCCACCGCCUGCUGGGGGGGCUCUGCUUGCGUUCAUUCUCCAAAUCAUGAGAGGGUUCUCUCUGAGUUCAGACUCCCUGCAUGGAGACAAAAAGAUGCAGCUGUACCAUCUGUACAUUGAGGCAGCUAAAUUUGCUAACGGACAAAGAGGAAGCAUUCAUGAUCCCCUUUUUAAUAACAGCUUUCCGAGUGCUGAGCACUUAAUUGAUCCGUCUUUUGCUGAUAAAAUCAGGAAGUUGAUCGUUUCAGAUCGUACACAUGAUAACUCUUACUACAACAUCACGCCUUCUUCUGAUCGCUUUGGAACGACGCAUGUUUCGGUGUUGGAUGAAGAUGGACUGGCUGUUUCUGCCACAAGCACCAUAAACCAAAUAUUUGGAGGAGGUGUUUAUUCCUCACAAACAGGCGUCAUCCUCAACAAUGAACUUGUGGAUUUUUGUUGGAGGACAAACACCCUGAGGGCAGGUGAACAGCCUCCCUCCUCCAUGGCACCAGUUAUACUGGAGUCAAAGUCCGGGGAGAUCCUUGUGAUUGGUGGAUCAGGGGGGAGCAUGAUUACCUCAGCAGUGGCCUUGUCUCUGAUUAAUCACCUCUGGCUGGGGAUGAGCUUGACGGAUGCGAUAGCUGCCCCUAUAAUCUACGUCGAUUCAAACAACAAUGUGAAUUUUGAAAAAGGAUUUGAUGAGUUUGUGAUAAAAGGUCUAAAAGCUCUUGGACACAAAGUUGGAAAAUGGGAAUUCUUUGUAAAUGUGGUAAACGCCCUGGAAAAGAAGAACGGCUGCAUAGAGGUUGUGUCGGACAGAAGGAAGAGAGGAAAACCUGCUGGAUAUUGAAAACAAGGGAGGAAAGCCUUUUUUAAGCACUGUUCGGUCACCUUUGGCCUUAAAGACAAUGUGUGCUGCACUCCCACCUAUAAAAUGUGACGAGUUGUGCUCUGGACAUUUCCAUUCAUCAUGUUUUUGGUAAAGUAUUUUCUCCAAAAAGGCAUCAGAUGGUAGCUUGGCCAGCCAGCCAUGCUUCCUUAUAGAAAUCAUUGGGUCUGGGAACUCUCCUAUUCAAAUAACCCCACCCCCUGAGAAUUCUGAUCGAGCCAAUCAGCUCUGAGCAGCAUACGUCACGCACCGUAACACUGAGUUUCUCAUUAACAACAGAGAAGCGUCUGAAACGGAGUUCGUUGCAGCUCUUUCCUCUGUUCUAAAUGACUUGGACAUGUCUUUAAAACCACAACAGGAAGAAGCGCUGAAAAAGUUUCUUCUAAAGAAAGAUGUUUGCACCAUCGCCAGACGCCAUUUUUGUCUACAGCUAAAAAACAACAGUGUCGCGCUAUACAGCAUUUCCACCUUUUUUCUGAUUGGUUAUUUUUGAGCUGGCUAGUCCUGCCCCUCAUGUGCCUCUGCCUGUGAGCAACCAGACUAGUUCUCUGUGUAGAAUUAAACAGAGGACAAGUCUGGCAGGCCAGGCUAAUCCGAUUGCAUUAUAGGUGGCUUAUUGUUGCUGCCCCUUGUGGCAACAUUACAGUUAGCAACUUUGUGAAGUGCCUUGAGUUGGCACUUGUCGUGAUUUAGUGUUAUAAAAUAAACUGAAUUGAAUUUAAAUGAAAUGAACAAAGAAUGUAGAGAUGCUAACAAAACACUAGUACUGUUAGUAAUGAAAACAGAAAUGAAAAGAUCUAAAAAAAAUUGAAUUUCUGUUCCUGUGAAAGCUAGUGUUAGCAUUAGCACAUUGUUCAGUUAAACUAGAGGUGUCGAGACCUUUAAAGUGUCAAGUGGAUAGUCUUCUUGAGCCCAAAAAUGUGACUUUUUUUAUAUGAAAAGAAAAUUAACUAAACAAAAAUGCAAAUAUUAUUUGAUGGUGAUAGGCACAGUGGUAACAAUCAUAAAAUAAAAAUGUUAGAAAGUGUCAAUCUGUGCGACUGCCUACUGGAGGGAGAAAUUACCAUUCUAAAAAUGCAAUUGGUGGCCCCCUAAUUAAAAUCACUCUGAAAGCUACAAUGACCCUCAGGCUGCAUUCUCCACGUAGCAGAGUGAAACUGUAAGUUUGGAUAAAAGUAUAGACUAAAUUUAUAAACAUAAACAUGGAUUAGCUAGUUGCUACAUAGAAUAACAUAAAUUAGCUAUAGAAACUCCCAUGAGCCUUUGCUGCCCUUCCGCCUCCUGGACAAGCUAGCGUCAUUAAUAAAGCAAAUGUAGCUUUACUAGUUUAUGCCCUAACAUGUGAAAUAACGUGAGAAUCGUUGAGCUACAUCACAUAACAAUAAGUAAAGACAAAUCUAACAGCUGGAGGAUUUUUAGCAUAAAUAUGAUAGCCUGCAAGACUUCAGGUGAAGAAAAGGAAACAGGAUAAAUGUGACACUUUUUUAUCACUUCCAUCCACAAAUCUUUUUAUUGAGGUCAAGUUUAUUUCUAUUUUUGUAACUGAAAACCACACACGUAUUUGCUUCAAGCCUUUUUGUACUGAUGUAAAAUAUAAAAUCUAAAAAGCAGUUUUCAGUAGCGUCUCUGUUAAUCUUUGAUAGAGCAACUUUGAAGGAAAUCUGUUUUAAUCACCUGUGAAAAAUGCUUUGUCUCACUGUUGAAUGUUAUCAGUUGCUAUUUUUAUUUCUGACUUAACUUAACACAUUUGUUAGGACUUCUUCCUGUAGAGGAGCCAUUUAAUUCUUUUUAAACUUGUGCUGUGAUUUUCAGCAUUUCACUGUCUAAGAACUUUUUAAAGCUGCUACAGCAAAUCUGCAAACAAGCUAGGAUUUGAACGCAAACACGGUCACGAAACACUCACCCAUCCUCUCGGUAUCUUCCUGGAGGCGCUUUUGCCUGAACCGGAUACCCACAUUUCCAGAGGAUACGAGUUAGCGCUAAACACCAGUCAUCAUUUUCUAGGUUCUAACUAAAUAUUGUGGGGUUUCUUUUGGGACUCUGGUAGUUUGUCCUAAAGUUCAAGGGGUAGCAGCUGGCUGUUUCUCCUUCUCUGAUAUUAUUGAGACACAAACCUAUCACACCAGUCGUGUUUUGUUGCUAAAUACAUGAGUGCGUAUUGAAUGGAGAACCCGCAGAAGAUCUGCAAUUUGGCGAAACAAACAACCGGAUGGUCCGAUUGUUGCAGAUGGUUUUUAGACAAAUGUGGGAGAACCAUUUCAUUAAUUAUUUUAAUCUCCUCAAUAUAUGAAUAGCUAUACAGUUAGAACGUUGUUAAGAGGCAUGAAAAAAAAAUUGUUUUUCAAAUUUGCCAUUGCAGCUUGUAGGUUUAUUUUAAACAGAUAUUACAUAUAAAAAAAAUCUCUGAAAAUCAAAAGAAGAUUUUGUAUAUUCUGUUUUUCUUUAGGCUUUAUUAUGAAAAUGCUUUUUCUUGCUUAUAACGUUUUGUUUUUGUUAGAUUUUUGGAUUUUCACAGUAAAACUUUUGUUCCAAGACCCUCGUCUUCACUAAGCAUUUACUCCAGUCAUAAAUUGUGAACAUUUGUGUAUCUAUAAAACAUUAUGGCAGCUAAGUUACACUCUAAACAUUUUUUUCUUAUUAGAACUUGGAAAUUUUAAUAAAACUUUGUGAGCUCUACAGAAUUUUCUGCCUUUUUAUGUAAAUUAAACCUUCAUCUGAUGAUCACACAUUUGGAGGAUCUCAUAAAAAAUAAAUGUUUGAUGUUUGCAAGUGACUAAAAUAAAGGUACAUCGGUUAGUAGACAACUUUAAAGACAGGGUAUGUCUAAGUCUCUUGUUGUAUUCCAUAAAAGCAUACAUUAUAGUUCAAGUUUGAAAGGCAUUUUCUUUGGUUUUCAAAGGACUUGUGUAAAUGAACUGCCUUUGUCUCACUGACCACUCAGAGCGCUCUCCAUUAUAAACUACCCAUUAAAUUUGUACAGCGGCUCCUUAGUUAAUACAUUCAGCACAUUUCCUGAUCAUCCUCAACUGACCAGUGUGGGGGUCAUAAAAUUAUGCACAUCUGCAAAAUAAUCUACAGGUUUCACAAACCUUUAAGCAACACUGGCAUUACCACCAAUAAUCUACCUCAUGUUUUACAACUAGCUUUAUUCCAGAGCAGCCUUGAGGUGAAAAAAAAGAGAAAACUGUAAUGAGAUACAUUUUCCGUAGAGAAACUUAUGAAUUAGUAAUGAUUUCUUAAGUGGAUUCUGCUCUGCUUCCCUCCAAGGCCCUCACUGUGAGUUAUGUGAAGAUGCAAAUUUCCUUGUGUGAAGCAUCUCAGUCUUUGUUGAAUGACAAAUGAGUUAAUCUGGAUAAGAUUUGGCUUUUAUAGUUUUAGUGUCACGAAUUCUGCAAAGAGCAGCCAUAAGACUAUUUAUUUUUUUACUCUUCACAAAUAUGUUCAACAAUUAAACCAAAUGAUCUGCUGAUUCAGUCACAAAGUCCUCAAAUGAAGCAAGCUACUUCAACAAAAAUAGUUUGAUGUUUUUCUAUAUGCUAUUUUGUUCUCUAGGAAAGUUUUCCAAAGUAAUGAGGAGUUCAGUUACACAAGCAGGGAAUGUAGGUUUUUUUCAUGCUCCAGGGUUAACAUACUGGCCUGUUUGAGUUGCGUAACUGUGUUAAUCACAACUAUAGUGUGUGAAUGUUGAACUGUGCCUAAUUAGGCCUUAAAGGAAGAUUCUAGUAUGACAGUGACAAGGUCCUUCUGAAUUCUCCAUAAAGUAUACCACCAUGUCUAAGUGGACAUGUAAACUCAAUAAGAUAUAUUUUCUUUUAAUAAUACGAGGAUAAACCUUAGGAUUUUGCAACAUUAAAUAUAACAUUCGUGUUUAUUAGUUGAUUCUGCAAUGCCUCCAAUACAUGGAAAAGAGCCAAAACAAGGCUCACAUGGAUACCUUAUAAAACGUCAGCCACGGGCUUUUUUUUUUAAACUUGAAUUUAAAAUAUUCAGACAAGUUCAUUUUGGGGGACUCAGAAAAUGUUGAGGAAUUACCAUAUAUGGUCUGGUGUCUUUGUGGAGAGAAACUGGAGCUUGAAUUUAAGAGUUAGAGCUGCUGCCCGAGUCAGACUUCAGUUCCAAACAUCAGAUGUGCUUGUUUCAAAAACAAGCAGAAUGUCACAUCAGAGGAUGGCUUAAUACGGCAGAUGAGCUUCAAGAGGCAGUCACCUGAAAUGGAUUUCCAACAGUCUUGAAGCUCAUUAAGAGAAUGCCAAGAGUGUGUAAAGCAGUAAUCAGAGUAAAGGGUGGCUUAUUUUUUU